AACGUCGAAAAUGUGCUUUGGGCGAACACGGUACUUGCAAGUGGUCGUGUUGUUGGUGUGGUUGUGUACACGGGUCGUGAAACUCGAUCGGUCAUGAAUACAACAUUGCCGAAAAGUAAAGUAGGCCUGCUUGACAUUGAGGUGAACAAUCUGACGAAAAUAUUGUUCUUGUUUGUGGUUGUGCUUGCUUCAGUGAUGGUCGCCAUGAAGGGAUUGGACAAAAACUGGUACCGCUAUCUGAUGAGAUUCGUUCUGCUCUUCUCAUACAUCAUACCCAUAUCGUUACGCGUCAACUUGGACAUGGCGAAGCUGUUUUAUUCGUGGCAGAUUGGAAGAGAUCAUCACAUCAAAGGUAGUCAAAAGCUACUUUUUGUUAUCUUGAGCAUACAGCUUCGUGACUUUUUUUAUAUCUUGUGCUUAUUUAAUGAAAAUAAUAGGGCGAAUGAGCAGCACUGCCAGCCAACAGUUUGGUGA